AUGUCCGCGCCGAUCACGAGUAUCUUUUCUCGCCGGGGUUGUAGUACAGCAGUGACGUCAACAUUCGUCAGGCGCAUCGCUCUAUACAACAAGCCCAGGAGUCUGAGUUAUAAUAUCCUCAACAAUAACACAAACUCGAUUACUGCACAAAACCCACCAAACAGUGUUUCUUCCUACCAUCAAUCCCAUUACCACCUAACCAAAAUGCAAUCCUAUCCCGGUUCCUGCUUCUGUCAUAAAAUCACCUAUAACCUUAACCUCUCGUCUCCAGACGACGCCCGCACGUCCCUCUGCCAUUGUCGCAGCUGCAAGAAAGCUUUCGGAACAAACUACGGUCUAACCGCCAAGGUCCCCAAGGAUGCUCUUCAGAUCACAUCUGGCACGCUGAAGGAGUAUGUGGGCGAUAAUGGGUCUGGGAGUAUGAUCCAUCGCGAGUUUUGUGGGGAUUGUGGGAGUUAUAUUUGCGAGUAUGGGGAUGCGGUCAAGAAUGAUUUUCGGUAUAUUUGUGUAGGGACAUUGGAUGAUCCGGAGGUGUUGCCGCCCAAGGGGGAGUUCUUCUGUCAGAGUAGGGUUCGUUGGAUGCCUGAGAUUCCGGAUGUUUUCCACAAAAGCAAGAUCAAGGAGUGA